CCUCGCACUCCUGACCCCGACUAAAUAUGACUAUUGUUCAGCUCCCUCACGGGUUGGAGUGUUUGGCUACCCAGCUGGUGCCGAGGAUUACCAAGUGGUCCAAGGUGCGUCAGCGUGAGGCUAUAAAAGCUCCUGGUGGAUCCCUCGGGGGCUCAGUCUUUACCCACGCUGACAACCAGGAGCGGCGACGGCUCGACUCAUUCCCUUUUCUUACUUUUGGAGGGUGAAUCCACACAUUUGAAGAAGCAUGUCGGUGGUGAGCUCAGUGUCUUUCCUCAAGCCGCUUCACAUGCGCUCCCCGGUGGCGCAGGGACGUCGCCACACGCUGCCGGCCAGCGAGUUCCGCUCGCUCAGCCCUGAGGACGCCAUCAGCGUCUUUGAGAUCGAGAGAGAAGCGUUCAUCUCUGUGUCUGGCGAGUGUCCUCUCCUGCUGGACGAGGUGCGUCACUUCCUGACUUUGUGUCCCGAGCUGUCUCUGGGUUGGUUCGAGGAAGGUCGCCUGGUGGCCUUCAUCAUCGGAUCACUGUGGGACCAGGAGAGGCUGACCAUGGACGCCCUGACGCUCCACAAGCCGCACGGCAUGACGGUCCACAUCCACGUGCUGGCGGUGCACCGCACCUUCCGGCAGCAGGGCAAAGGCUCCAUCCUGAUGUGGCGCUACCUGCAGUACCUGCGCUGCCUGCCCUACGUGCGCCGGGCCGUCCUCAUGUGCGAGGACUUCCUGGUGCCCUUCUACCAGAAGUCCGGCUUCAAGUCCCAGGGCCCCAGCCACAUCUCCGUGGGGCCCCUCGCCUUCGUGGAGAUGUGCUACCCGGUCCGAGGACACGCCUUCAUGCGGCGGAACAGCGGGUGCUGAAGGGGACCGGGAGUCUCACGGACUAGACCGAGGGACACUUUUGAGGUGAGGGUCCUGCCUGACCUCCUCAGUGACAGUGACACACCUGAAGACUGGACACACCUGAAGACUGUGACACACCUGAAGACUGGACACACCUGAAGAUUGGACACACCUGAAGACUGGACACACCUGAAGACUGUGACACACCUGAAGACUGUGACACACCUGAAGACUGGACACACCUGAAGACUGUGACACACCUGAAGACUGGACACACCUGAAGACUGGACACACCUGAAGAUUGGACACACCUGAAGACUGGACACUCCUGAAGACUUCUCUCUCACGCCCAACAUGACUGACCUCUGACCUCUUGUGCAACAGGGGUGUCCAAACUUUUUCCACCGAGGGCCGCACUCGGAAAAAUGAAAACAUGCGAGGCCAUUUUCAUAUUUGUCAUUUUUAAAACAACACAAAAUAUGAAAUGUUUUAACCUUUAAGGCUCCCCUCAGAUUAUCUGUUGCUAAAAAUGUGGAUUUUUUCUCAUAUAACUGCUACAGUAAAUCUAAUACAACUCUUACAGUAAAUCUAAUAUAACUCCUACAGUAAAUCUAAUACAACUCUUACAGUAAAUCUAACUCCUACAGUAAAUCUAAUAUAACUCCAAUAUAACUCCUACAGUACAUCUAAUAUAACUCUUACAGUAAGUCUAAUAUAACUCCUACAGUAAAUUUAAUAUAACUCCUACAGUAAAUGUAAUAUAACUCUUACAGUAAAUCUAAUAUAACUCCUACAGUAAAUCUAAUACAACAAUAUAACUCUUACAGUAAAUGUAAUAUAACUCCUACAGUAAAUCUAAUAUAACAAUAUAACUCCUACAGUAAAUGUAAUAUAACUCUUACAGUAAAUUCCAACAUCAAGUCUGUUGAUAUGAGGUUAAAAAAAAUAAAAAAUGUUUUAUGCGCUUUUUUUCCAUCGACUAGCCUGUUUUUGAUGUCAGAAAACACAACAGACGUAUUAUUUUUAGCCCUCAGAGUGGAAGUGAAGUCAUUGGAGCUUUAAUUAGGUUAAUUAAAACCAUUGAUUUUAAUUAAUUAUUAUUUUUGGAGCAAUUAGUUAAAAAAAAUGGUUGUAUCCCACUAAAGUUCCUGGGGAUCCAUAAGAUGAUCAUAAAAGUCUUUAAAAUAAGUUAUUCCUUUUUAAAAAAAAAAAAUGUUAACGCUUAAAUUUCUAGAUCAAUUUGUCGAUUAGAAGUUUUUAUAAUUUUUUUGUUUGUUUUAUGCCCUUUUUGUCAAGGAAAACUCUUGUUUUUGUAUAAUAGGAAACACCUUGAUGUGAAUAAUAAGCCUUGACUUGGUCCAUAUUUUAUAUAACAACAUUGAUUUUGAUUCAUUAUUAUUUUUGGAGCAACAACAAAAGAAAGGGGGAAAGAAAAGAAAACAGUUUGCUUAUAUUCCACUUUUUCUGACCUUUUUUCAAAUGUGUUGUUAAGCACGUGUGAGCAGGAGUGUGGGAGUGCUCCUUCCAACAUUGACUGUGGCCCUUGGUGGCCCUCCUACUGGAAGUCUUGAAUCAAGACUCUUGUACAUACUGUACAUUACUCAAUGUUUGCAUUCUGCAGGGAAUAAAGGAUUUAUUUUCUAGCUUCUUCCAGAAAGUGCCUUUUUCUUCUAAAACUUUUAUUUCACCACAUUGCAAAGACUGCUGGCCACAAGAAGUUCAGUGUGUCAAUGUGGAGGCCGGGCUCU